CCGUUAGCCCAAAAGGGCAAAACCCUCAUUUCUACAUUCCCACCCCCUCAACCGAUACCUCUACUUGAAUUGGUCGUCCCCUAACCCUGUUUUUCUCCCCUCCACCCAAGCUCUCCUUCUCCGGCAUUGGCGACCGCUCUAGUGAGUUCACCUUGACCAGAAACCACUGGCCAUCUACAACGACCACCGGCGAUCAUCCAACCAUUUCAUUGUCACAUGCUUUUUCUCCGGGAUAAUCCGGGUAACAAGGAUGUGCCUGUGCAAGACGCUGAGGAUGUUAAGGACACCUUUAGGUACAUGAUGAAGAACAGAUUUCCCCACAGCGGCAAUUACCCAUCUAGUGAAGACAACUCAAGGGACAAGUUGGUGCAGUGGUCACAUCGUGCCACCGGCAUGGCCAUCACCCUAUGCAAUGCAGCCUGGGUGUUCUCGUGUGACAGGGAAUUCCGUGAUGCAGCAACGGAGGCAGGGGAAGUUGUAUGGAAGAAUGGGUUGGCGAGAAAAGUGGGGCUUUCCGACGGUGUUAGCGGCAAUGCGUAUGCCUUCCUUUCUGAUAUUUUAUUGACAUGCAUGAGCAUUUGAUUUAUGUGCCUCAAUUGCUAAUGCUCAUCUUUGUAUCUGGCCAGCCACUUGAGUAAUAAGCAUCCUUAUUUGAAUCCACUUUUCUGGUAAUGGAUGCUAUUGCCUCUGAUAAUUGACUUUUCCGGUAAAGGCACUGUUGCCGCCGGUUUCUCUGAUUUCUGAAAAACCAAAAUAUAAAAAAAAAAAGAAAAAAAUAAGAAAUGUGUGAAAAAGUUCAAAUACGAGAACUGGAGAGUACCUCCAAAUGAUCGCCGGUGCCGGAGAAGGAGAAGAGAACUCGGAUAACGGGAGAAGAA